AUGUCGGCGGAGAUAGAUCGACUGAGGCAUGCCCUCGCCUCCAUGUACACUUGCGCGGAUGCAGCGGAGAGAAACUCGGCAGACAAGUUCCUCCAGGUGGAGUUCCUCUACAGUCAAGAAUGCUGGGACCUCUCCAUAGCGCUUCUGAAACUGCCAACAGCAACCAGCUACGAACAUCUGUUCUGCGCCAGAGCGCUGCAUGUGCGAUUGCGGUGUAGCGUGUCCAAGGCAGAGAGAAAGCAGGUCCAGUUUUUAUCAAUCCUGUUUGUCUUGACAAGUUCCUUGCCUUAUACAACAGCGCGAUGGUCCCAUGAGCCGAGCGGAAGAACGAUUCUGACGCAAAUAUGCUCUGCCGUAGCUGUUCUGGUCUGCAAGAUGGAGAGCUGGGAGACGAAGAUGGUAGUCAAGGAUCUUGCGCUUUCCUUCGCAGCCGCGAACAUGGCGAUGCUUGAAACGAUACGGGUUUUGCCGGUCUCUCUUGUCAUCUAG